AUAACUCUAUCUGUAAUAUUGAUUACAGUUUGUAUUGUAAUGAUAGGAUUGAUUACAGUUUUCAUUAUAACUCUAUCUGUAAUAUUAAUUACAGUUUGUAUUGUAAUAAUAGGAUUGAUUACAGUUUUCAUUAUAACUCUAUCUGUAAUAUUAAUUACAGUUUGUAUUAUAACUCUAUCUGUAAUAUUGAUUACAGUUUGUAUUGUAAUGAUAGGAUUGAUUACAGUUUUCAUUAUAACUCUAUCUGUAAUAUUAAUUACAGUUUGUAUUAUAACUCUAUCUGUAAUAUUAAUCACAGUUUGUAUUGUAAUAAUAGGAUUGAUUACAGUUUUCAUUAUAACUCUAUCUGUAAUAUUAAUCACAGUUUGUAUUGUAAUAAUAGGAUUGAUUACAGUUUUCAUUGUAAUAAUGAGAGAGAACUCCGUUUUUUUUACUGUAAUAUAUAUUAUAACUCUAUCUGUAAUAUUAAUCACAGUUUGUAUUGUAAUAAUAGGAUUGAUUACAGUUUUCAUUGUAAUAAUGAGAGAGAACUCCGUUUUGUUUACUGUAAUAUAUAUUAUAACUCUAUCUGUAAUAUUAAUCACAGUUUGUAUUAUAACUCUAUCUGUAAUAUUAAUCACAGUUUGUAUUGUAAUAAUGAGAUAG